CCAGGGCGCAGGCGCCACGGCGCAGGCGCGGGCCCGGGCUAGUCGCCGGCGCGAGGCCGCCGGGGCGGACGCUGAGGGGACCCUGGCGCGCGACGGUGGCCGGCGCCGCAGCAGAGCCAAGCGGUAGACUGGCUGGCCUGAACUUCCGGUGCUGGAGACGGAUGGUUGCAGUGCAGGGAAGGCUGCCGGGCUUGUCCGUGGCGGGGAUGGAGUCCAUCUUUGCUUUCUGGUGGAGCCCUGACGCCUUGCUCAGACUCCGGACAACGUACAGUCUCUGAUCAGCUCCCGGUGUGCUGACUGGCUCUGGCGGUGAACUUGGGCGUUGUAAAUACUGGAGAAGAAGCUUUCUGUCUUUCUCACACACGUAUUAGGUACCACACAUGUAUGCCUUGUAGACUUCAUGCCUGGAAAUGUUGGCGAUCAGCUUCAAGACAGUUGAGCCCCGCUAGACAGCACGAAAACCUAUGGCUCUGUCUGCGUCUUUCACCAUGAGCGGCCCCCAGCCGGCCACAGAAGGAGGAAUUUCUGAAGUUGAGGUCAUCUCGCAACAAGUAGAUGAGGAAACCAAGAGCAUUGCUCCCGGGCAGCUGGUGAACUUGGCCUAUCGGGACUUGCCCCUGGCCGCGGUCGACCUCUCCACGGCGGGCUCACAGCUCCUGUCCAAUCUGGACGAGGAUUACCAAAGAGAAGGGUCCACCUGGCUGAAGCCGUGCUGUGGGAAGAGAGCGGCCGUGUGGCAGGUAUUUUUGCUCAGUGCCAGUCUCAACAGUUUCCUGGUAGCCUGUGUAAUAUUGGUGGUGAUUCUCCUGACUCUGGAACUUCUAAUAGAUAUAAAGCUUCUCCAGUUUCCCAGUGCAUUCCAGUUUGCUGGUGUGAUUCACUGGAUCAGUCUGGUCAUUCUCUCCGUGUUCUUCUCAGAGACUGUCCUCCGGAUUGUGGUGCUUGGCAUCUGGGAUUACAUCGAGAACAAAAUAGAGGUGUUUGAUGGCGCUAUAAUCACCCUGUCCUUGGCCCCGAUGGUGGCGUCCACUGUGGCCAACGGGCCCAGAAGUCCCUGGGAUGCCAUCAGCCUCCUCAUCGUGCUGCGGAUCUGGCGGGUGAAGAGGGUCAUUGAUGCGUACGUGCUGCCCGUGAAGGUGGAGCUGGGCAUCCUCAUCCAGCAGUACGAGAAGGCCAAGGUCGUCCAAGACGAGCAGCUGGAGAGGCUGACGCAGCUCUGCCAGGAGCAAGGGUUCGAGAUCCGGCAGCUGCGGGCGCACCUGGCGCAGCAGGGUCUGGACCUGGCAGCGGAGCGGGAGGCGGCGCUGCUCGCUCCACAAGUGCUGGGCCUGCCACGCAGCCGCUACCACGUGCGGGAGGACAGAGCGACCAGAGUGUCGUGCAGGGGCUGCAGCUGCUACUGGAGCGUGUCCCCUUGCAGGACGGUGCUCUUUGGCCCACGAUUUGGGGGUGACGUUGACCAGGGCUACCUGUCUGAGCCCAGGAGGAAGCAGCACUGUUUGUGGGGAUUCAAUGCACCCACCCGCAGGAGACCCCUUUCUGCUGCAAUGCACAUGUCCCCCUACCCUGGGCUCAGCACCCCUGUUUCUCAUACUAACACAGUGAAAAAAGCCAGACUCAGACUUCGGCCUCUAUUCCUAAUCGCCACCCCCCCAGAGUGCCCCUAUACUCCCAGAACACCCAACUUGCCGCCUCCUGUAGAGGUGACCACGUGCUCAGCAUCCCUACGCCUGUAUAUUGACAAAAUCAAACGUCAUCACACAAAACAACUCCCAUGCGCAGUGCUGCUUAUUUUCCCCUGUUUUCUUCCAGACACCCCUUGUGCGGCCGUGCUCCCACCUGAGCACACCCCCUCCCACACACUGCCUGCCACAUCUGACCAGCUCCCCUCCUUUGUUGCAGGCACCAGAGUCCCAGAACCCGCGACCUGUGUGGUCACCACAGCUGCCAUAGACAUCCACCAGCCCCACCUCACCUCUGAGGGCUGCUCAGUGGACGUGGCCGUGAAGCUUGGUACCAGCUCCCACUCCACUCCCAGCCCUGUCACCCAGGCCCAGAGUGACAGCAGCCAGACUCUGUGCUCCUCCACAGACUACAGCACCACCCGCGAGGACACGCCUCCAGCCAGCCCCUCACCACUGCCACCACCCCAGCGGCAGAUCAUGGAAGCCACGGCCCAGGACCUGCUGUGUCCCCUGUCACAAGACGCCAAACCAGCCCCUCUGCCUCACCCAACAGGCUGUGCCCAAAGCAGCCACGAGUUGGAACGCGGCGUAAGAUUCAGCCAGACAAACCAGGACGGCUUCACUGUCCUUCAGAUGAAGCCUGGCCCCCCCUCCCCACCUGCUGUGCCCACAGGAAUUCAGGUAUGCGAUGCGGAUCACAGACAGCAGACACUGCACAGGGUUCCUGAGGCCUCCUUGUGAGAUGAGGGCACAGAGUCCCGGGGUCACACGCAACUGCCUCUGUCAUGAUGCUACCUGCGCCGAAGGGCGGGACACCAGGCCAGGGAGCCCAGAGCCAGGUCUCCCUCUGGGCCCGAUCAGACUGGUGCGCGUGGCUGGGGUUUCCCAAACCACUGUUACACAACACCAGCCUGAGCAGGGUAGAGUCCAGGCUCCGCCGUGGCCUUCAUUCCCUGGACUGUCGGGAACAGCACUGUGAGCCCCUCCCAGGAAUCCCGGGUGCAACCCACACACCCACCAUCUGAGCCGCUUCCACUCCCAGCUCAUUUCUGCAUGAGCAUUUCUGCAUCUUUUCAGGAUAAAUCUUGUCACCUUCACAGUAUGUGAAGGAGUAGGGGGAGGAGGGAACAGCCAUUGUCCAAUCUCAGCUUAAUAAAAACCAACUGCACUCAGA